AUGGCCAUCGACAUGAAUGUUUAUGAGUUAUUGGUCAUUGGAGAUUCAGACCUUUUGAUUCAUCAAGUUCAAGGUGAAUGUGUUGUGAAUAACCUGAAGAUUAUACCUUACGUACAACAUACUCCCAGAAUACAGAAAGAAUUAGCUGAUGCUCUGGCCACCAUCUUUUCUAUGAUUAAACAUUCGGAUAGUAAUUACAUCGACCCGUUGGAUAUAGACUUGAAAGAACAUCCAGUCCAUUGUUUCCAUGUUGAAGUCGAACCAGAAGGUUUGCCUUGGUAUUUAGACAUAAAGAGGUACUUGGAGUCUGGGACUUAUCCCGAAGACGCUACAACUAAUCAGAAGAAGUUGAUACGCCGUAUGGCUCUCAAUUUCUUUCCAAGUGGGGAAGUCCUUUAUAGGAGGACUCCAUAUUUGGGUCUUCUAAGAUGUGUGGAUGUUGUUAAAGCUGUGAGGCUUAUUGAACAGAUACAUGAUGGAGUUUGUGACGAGUACAAAGGAAAGUUCGCACCAAAUUGGCAGGGUCCUUACAUGGUUCGUAAAGUAUUAUCUGGAGGUGCUUUGGUCCUGUCAGAGAUGGAUGGCACUGUUUAUAGCUUUGCUUUGAAAUCAGCAAAUUCUCCUGACGAAUGA